AUGAUUGCUUCCAAAUUUAAGGUCUUUGUCAUAGGCAAUGUUGCCUUUCUGCGGGACGACUUUGUGAAGUCUUUUGCUCAAGAGCAUGAUGUUUCUUAUUUACCCGAUGUUAGCACGUGCCUCGCACACGCCAAAAACAGGCAUUCAAACUCUAACAGUGCCCAGGAUAUUUACAUUUUUUCUGAUUUUGGUGAUCCCUUAUGCAUUUCCGAGCUUGUUUCUUUGCGCCCUAAAGCUCGCAUAAUGGGUGUUCCUGCAUUUCUCCAGUGGAAUAUAGAAAAUAAAAAGUGGUCAAAAUCUAGACCAAUUUUUACCUUUUCUAUGCACGGGGCUGUUGUUUGCAUCACGGGUUUUCGUGAUAAAAUAACUGUAGUACGUAUCUGGAUUUUUAUAUUUAUUCAAGAAUCGUUUGGCAACUCUUAUCAACUGGAUGGGGGGCAGUGUGCGGCGCUGCAUGCAUGCAUCAGUUACACAUCUUGUUGCUUACAGUCUUUACAUCGAGCUCGGGUGUUCCAAAAUUGCCGUAUUGCAUUUAUUGGAUUUGCUCCAUGUAGUGAUGAGCUGCGGGAACUCAUAAGUCUUGCUACUGAACAUGACGGUGAAAUAGUAGACGACUUAGAUGACCCGAAGUUAACUCACGUUGUCGUUACUGAUUCUUGGCCAGGUCAUGCAGAGAUAAUGAAAUCUUUGAGUCGUCUUGUCGUUGCGAACGCAUCUGUUUCCUCUCGGCUUUCUUGGAAUCCCAUAUCUCCUGUGUCUAGUGCACAAGUCAUUUCUCCAUAUAGCGGUGUAUCCUAUCUCAGUGCCGCCGGUAUUGGCAACGAUUCGUUUUCCUCUGGCUUCCUCGAUGUCACUACGCUUGGAAACCAGGCUGGGAAUGAGGCUCUUGAAAGGGUUAAUGGUCCUCCGCGAUCUUCAGGAUUAAAGGUAUCCAUGUCACACCAAGCCUCUCUUCUUGAAUCAUCUUUUCGUUCGGAAGAAAAAGAUUACGAGGUGCAUCAAAUAUAG